AUGUAUCGACAGGUCUACUGCAUUUGCCAGUCUCAUGUUCAUGUUGUCCCCGAUGCUAUAUCAUGGAGUCUAGGGAAAAUGGGUUUUGCACAUACUCUGCUGCUCUCUGCUGAAGGGUUUAACAAACCUCCAAGUUAUAAUGCUUUGGUGAUUAAUGGUGGGCUAUUGUAA